GGAGUGUGGAUGAGAGAUCUGGAGCUUGGGAGGCGGGGGAGGAGGUGGGGUUCGUGAUGGCGUCGUCGGAGGUGUCGGUGAAGGGGAGCAAUGGACGCAGCGAGCCCAGCUUCUCCUCGUCCAGUUGCAGCGAGCCCGUCGAUGGCCGCGGCGGCGGAGAGGCCGGCGGAGACGCUGGCCACGUCAGCGCGGGCGCUCCGGGGGGCGCGAACGUCUCGGAGGACGCGCUCUACAACGAGCUCUGGCACGCUUGCGCGGGGCCGCUGGUGACGGUGCCGCGAGUGCAGGACCUGGUGUUCUACUUCCCUCAGGGCCAUAUAGAGCAGGUGGAGGCUUCGACGAAUCAGGUCGCGGAUCAGCAGAUGCCCGUCUACAAUCUCCCCUGGAAGAUCCUCUGUCGAGUGAUGAACGUCGAAUUGAAGGCAGAGGUGGAUACAGACGAGGUGUACGCCCAGGUGACUCUAAUUCCCGAAUCGAAGCUAGACGAGUUCUCCGCGGAGAAGGAUGCGGUGCCGCCGCCGCCCCCGCCGCGGCCGCACGUGCACUCAUUCUGCAAGACGCUGACCGCAUCGGAUACGAGCACGCACGGUGGGUUCUCCGUGCUGCGACGCCAUGCUGACGAGUGCCUCCCCCCUCUGGAUAUGACUCGCCAGCCACCUUCCCAGGAGUUGGUGGCUAAGGAUUUGCAUAGCGUCGAAUGGCGCUUCCGCCACAUUUUUCGGGGCCAACCGCGGAGGCACCUGCUUCAGAGUGGCUGGAGUGUUUUCGUUAGUUCCAAACGGCUCGUCGCUGGGGAUGCUUUUAUAUUUCUGAGAGGAGAGAAUGGCGAACUAAGAGUUGGGGUCCGGCGCGCAAUGAGACAACAGACAAAUGUUCCUUCUUCAGUCAUAUCAAGCCACAGUAUGCACCUUGGUGUUCUUGCGACAGCAUGGCAUGCUGUUAACACAGGGACCAUGUUCACUGUCUACUAUAAACCUAGGACAAGUCCGUCUGAAUUUAUUGUCCCGUAUCACCAAUACAUGGAGUCCCUCAAGAGCAACCAUUCGAUAGGGAUGAGAUUCAAGAUGAGAUUUGAGGGUGAAGAGGCUCCAGAGCAGAGGUUCACUGGGACGAUUGUGGGGAUAGGUGAUGCCGAUCCAAAUAGGUGGCAUGGAUCAAAGUGGAGGAGUCUUAAGGUGAGAUGGGAUGAAACUUCUUCUAUUCCUCGUCCAGAGAGAGUUUCUCCAUGGAAAAUUGAACCUGCUGUUAUCCCUCCUCCCAUGAACCCUCUUCCACUCUCGAGACCUAAGAGGCUUCGGUCUAAUGUUGUUCCAUCCUCCCCCGAUUCAUCAGUUCUUACAAAAGAAGCUUCUUCAAAAGUCACUGCAGACCCUUCUCAACACCACGGCCUUCCAAGGGUCUUGCAAGAUCAAGAAGUCACGGCCUUGAAAAACACGUUUCCUGAUAGCAAUGAGUCGAACACGGCUCUAAAGCCUGGUUUGUGGCCUCCAAUGCGUGAAAAAGCUCGUUAUGCAGCUCAGAAAGCACAUUAUCAAACUCCUAGUGGUUCACAUGGUUUUUGUUCAUUCUUCAACCCAACUUUGAGUGAUGUAAAUCUGUGGAGGACACAUUAUCAAGAUCAGGAAGGCAAAAAUACUAUCUAUCCUAGCUCGUGGCCUUUAAUGCCUGUGAAUUCUGCCUUCAGCAUUAAUGGGCAGUUGACUUCUCAAGCUGUCGAGCUACCUUAUCAGAAAACCGGAAAUAGUAGAUAUGGUGGCCAGGGAGCAGCUUAUUCCGCAUUGCAGAGCCCAGGGAUUGAUCAGAGUUCUUCAAACUGGUUUGGCCAUUUUGUGCCUGGUCAAAUGGAAAAUUUAUCUCAAAAUAGGUCGACGAAACCUCAGCCUUCAUCAGCUCAAGGUGAUGUUGCGAAACCUAAAGCAGGUGCUAGCUGUAAGCUAUUUGGGAUUCAGAUUAACAGCAGUCCUGCGACAACUGAACCAGCCUUUCCACCAACCAGUUUGCCUUAUGAGCCACAGUUGAAUGUUCUACAAAAAGCAACACGGCAGAAAUCACAGCAGAGAGAUACAGAAAAGUAUUCUGAGCCACCCAAGGUUACAAAGUCAAUUGAUGCUGCUACAAAUUGUAAUAUGGAGAAAAACACUCAGCCUUGUCAACCAUCUUUUAAAGAUGUUCAGAGCAAACUUCAUGGUGGCUCAACAAGGAGCUGCACAAAGGUGCAUAAGCAGGGAAUUGCCCUUGGCAGGUCCGUGGACCUUAUGAAGUUCAACAACUAUGAUGAGUUGAUUGCUGAGUUGGAUCGGAUGUUUGAAUUCGAAGGCGAGCUAAAGGCUCCCCUAAAAAAUUGGCGGGUUGUAUACACGGAUGAUGAGGGAGAUAUGAUGCUGGUUGGAGAUGAUCCAUGGCCCGAAUUUUGUAGAAUGGUGCGUAAAAUCUUCAUAUAUACACGAGAGGAGGUCCAGAAGAUGAAUCCAGCCACACUAAACUCAGGGGUUGAAGAGAGUACUGCUGCUUCGGAAGAAAAAGUGGCAGCUGUUAGAGAAUUGAAGGGCUGCUUGCUUACAUCUUCAGUUGAUUUAGAGUAACUGCUAGGGUUGCCUUUUGAUAUGGCACUGUCCUUUCAAGUGGACAGAAAGUAAUACUAAUGAAUGAAUGGGCAAAAGCAACAGCCUUUUCGUUGUGGGGUUGUGCUGUUAUGUAGUAAGCCUUACCUUAUCUUCCUAGUGGAUGAUGCUUUCCUCCGGAGGUCUCCUUUACUACAGUUUUGGUUGUUUGCUCGAUUUUUGCUUGUGAAAUUUGUCUGCUGCUCUUUAUUAAAUAUAUAAAUAUAUAUAAUAUAUGUUCUGAAGAAGAUAGUAAGAGAGGGUUGCACUUUGUUGCACUUUUUCAACCUAUCAUGUAAAUAUAUAUCUUCUUAGUCUAUAUAUUCUAUGUUGCUGGUCUCAGUUGCCGCCCAUAGCUGCCUUAUAUAUGCAGCUCUUAGUGCUAAUGACAGCCCGUAUGCUUAUUAAAUUUAACUGAUUUAUAGAAUGAAUAUGUAAUUCUGUAAGAUGUAAUCAUAUAUGGUCAUGUACCUUCGCCCGUUCUCUCUUCAUGUGUGUUUGUGAACUGUUUUUUAUUAUGAUUUCGAGUUCGCUAUUUCGGCAAAAGCUGUUGUCUUUGAUAUGGGCUUUGGUGGCUUGUGUUUGCAACAUUCUAAAAAAUAUUGCAGUUAAUACAUGCUGUUUUAUUUAA